AUGUCUGAAAACCAGUCGUCUCCACCUGCUCCAGACCCUUCUGCCAUUUCUCCCAACUAUCUCCAAGACACUUACACGGUCGACGAGAGUAUUGAAAAGAGAGAAAUGCUGUCUCCAGUUUCCCCCCGACCGGUUCAUGUAGCUGAACCAGAUGACAACCUAGUGUUGAGGAACCAGAUGGAUCCUGUUUUUAAUUCCACUGAUACCCACACGAACCCACACCAGCCCAUUCCGGAUUUCAAUAGUCUCGGGUUUGGUGGGAGCCAUCCUCACACCUUAGGUUCCUCCACCUCUUGGAUUGAGCAGCAGCAAUCACACUCACAACAGCAGCAAAACAUGCCGAUGUCAUCCACUUCUGCCACAGAUAAUACAAAUGGUAGUAUCCCAUCUUCAUUACCUUCGUCAUCAUCAUCUUUAGCCGCGGAUCCCAUCCUCAGGAACGCACUCCCAUCUGCCAUCAACUUUGGGAACGGUAAUGUACCUGAUGCUAUUAAUGGAACGAAUGGAGUCAUGAUGAACAAGGAUUCCUCUUCUCUUGCUGCUGCCGACUCUACAUCGGCCACUUCUCCAAGAACCCAUGUUUAUUCUCUACCAAACAAUCUGACAAACAAUGUCGACCUCCAAGCUCUUUUGACAAAGCUCUCCCCGAGCAUGACACAACAAACAGUAUCUCCGCAGAGUUCACAAGUUACAUCUGCUACCGUUCCUGCUGCUGCUACUGUAACUGCUCCUGCUCCUGCUCCUGCCCAUGUCUCGUCUCCUUCCCAGGCUCGAGUCCCAUCUCUUCCAAAGCCUCCUGCGCAGGCUCAAGUGCCAAACCAACCCCCAGCCCAAAAUCAUCAGACCACGCAUCCAUUGCCGCAACCACCGGCUACGUCUGCUGUGAAUGGUACUUCAGGACAUUCUAGUCAUCCUGCAGGAUAUCCUGCAUCACUUCCCCCCCCGCCUAAUUUCAACCAGCACCGGCAACAAGUUCCGGACUCUCCAACCGGUACUGAAGAAAAUGAGGAAGAUAAUCGUCCAUUUACCGCUGAAGAAGAGGAAGCGUACGAUAGAUUUCUGUCCGAUGAGCGUGAUUACGUGACUCAAGGCCAGUGGGACAGGUUUCCUGCGGGUUCACGACUCUUUAUUGGUAACUUGCCAACUGAAAAGGUCACCAAACGUGAUUUGUUUCGUACAUUCCACAAGCAUGGACGCUUAGCCCAGGUUUCAAUUAAGCAAGCAUAUGGGUUUGUUCAAUUCUUGGAUACCGCAUCAUGCGCGUCUGCCCUCCGCUUUGAACAAGGAGCAUCUGUGAGAGGACGUAAAAUGCACCUUGAAGUUUCCAAGCCCCAAAGAAACACUAGACCACCUCCGUCAGAUUCGAACCCGCCACGUGGGGCCAAUCGUCGUUCCCGUUCUCCUGAUUAUGGUCGAUCCAUGUCUCCUCGUGGCCGUGGUGGUUCUACCUUCCGUGGCGGCAGAAACAGUGGUGAUUUCACGGACCGUGGAUUCACCCGUGGUGGUAGAGACACCCGUGACCAUGAAUAUCCUGCACGGAGAUCAUCACCUCCACCAAGAUAUAGGGCCCGCGAUGAUUACCGCCCGCAGCAUCAUCGGGACCGCACUCGUUCCCCGCCGGGUAGAUACCGCCAGCGCACCCGCUCUCCCCCGGUUGUUGAAGAGUUGCCACGAAGAGAUCCCAAAGAGGUACCAGAGGUUCAAGCUCUAGUCAUGGAUGAAGUCGAUAGGAAUUUUAUUUGGUGGAUCGAAAAGUCUUUCAGAGAUCGCGGUCUCAGCUUUGAUUCCGUGUUCUUGAACCCACGCAUACCCCUCGAGCCAUUGGUAAAGCAACAAAUUCUCGAGGGGGUGCAGGCUAUAGUCUUCCUGAGCCGGCAGAUGCAGGGAAGCAGCAAAAUCUCGAUACAGGUGUUUGAUCGCCGCGGGGACGGAGAAGCUACUUAUGAUCAGUACGAUGAUCUCGACCCAAGCAUUGCUGCUGAGAUAGUAUAUCGAGCGAAGUUAGCUCAUGCACCCCAACCCCCUAUGCAAGUGCCGACUUAUGGUGGAUAUGGCAUCCCGCAACAGCAGCAGCAGCAGCAAACCCAACAGCCCCAGCAGCAACCCAUCUUGCAGCAAGCUGCUAUUCCUAACCUUGCAAAUGUUCUUGGAGCUCUUGACCCUGCAACUCUGAAAACCUUGCUCGCAAAUCUUCAGCAGCAGCAGCAGCCGCAGCAACCACAGCAGCCGCAGCCGCAGCAGAUGCAGCAGCAGAUGCAUCAACAGCAUCAGCAACACCAUCAGCAGCAGCAGCACAUGCUUCAAGCGCAACAGCCUCAACUCGGGCAAGACCUUGCAGCGCUCUUGUCUCUGCCCCUGCAGCAGCAGCAGCAGCAGCCACAGAGCCAUAGCCUUAACAAUAACAGUAAUCCUUACGGUGUCCAACCAAAUCCAGGCUACGGACCGAACGCCGGGCUGGCAGCUCUACUAGGUCAGGUCCAGCAAGGUAAUGUUCAGGUUCCUCAACAGGGACAAUCCCCCGCUCAAAUGCAGGCCAUUAUGGAUGAACUUGUUAGGUGGCAGCCAAACAAGCCUCAGAAUUAA